CGUAAACAACUCCAGCGGUCCAGCGUCGGAAGCCCAUCGCAGUGAGGUUUGGAACAGCAUUCGCGACCGGCAGUUGGUCGUUAUCAAUCCGAUCACCUUUCGAACGAAUGUGUCGAACGAAUGUGUCGAUCGAUGCGCGGUUGGCCUCUGGAAAGGUCAGUAGUAUAAAGCGUACAGAACAGUCAGCAGCCAGCGAUCGACGCAUUUCACUACUUGGUAGAAUUAUACUAGCAGCCGAACUGUAAGGAUGGCUCUCAGAAUUGCGCUGAUUCAGAUGAAAAUAGCUGAGUCGAAGGAAAAGACUUUGAAGAACGCAGUGGACCUUAUAAGGAUCGCUAAGAAGGAAAAGUAUGCCACCGUGGUGGUUCUACCGGAGAGCUUCAACUGUCCAUACAGCGAAAAGAAUUUCCAAGCGACGGCCGAGGAGAUCCCACUUGGACCCACCAGCCAGGCACUCAGGAAGGCGGCACGAGAUUUUGGUGUUUACAUUGUUGGCGGAUCGAUUGCUGAAAUUUGCUGUGGUAAACUUUACAAUACGUGCACAGUUUGGAAGCCGGAUGGCGAACUGCUGGCAAAACACCGUGAGGUGCACCUGCGUGAUGCCAACGUUCUCGGAAAGUUACCUAUGAACGAAUCCCAUGUGUUCACCCAAGGGGACUCUUUUACGACGUUCUUUGUCGGCAAAACCAAAAUCGGGUUGGGAGUGUGCUGGGAUAUGCGUUUUCCUGAGUUUGCCUCCGUCUAUUGUCAGAUGGAUUGCGAUUUGCUGAUUUAUCCCACCGUUUCGGAUGAGUUCACCGGUGAGUUGCACUGGGAGUUGCUUGCUCGAGCUCGUGCCGUAGACAAUCAGCUGUUUGUGGCUUUCUGUUCACCGGCCCGAGACACACACGCCGAACUGGUUUGCCACGGACACUCGCUGGUGGUGGACCCCUGGGGAAAAGUGCUGCAGAAGGGAACGGAAUUUCAAGAAAUCAUUGUAGCCGAUUUAGUGCUCGAAACUUUGGCGGAAGCGCGCUCUCAGAUUCCUGUGCUGACGCAGAAACGGGCCGAUCUGUAUGAACUCGUGAGAAAGAAGUGAUUCGGGAGGAGGCAUUGUGAGUUAUCGGAACGACAGCGGGAAGUCUGUCAGAACUAAGAUUAAGUUUAUGUUUAAUGUGAUAAUGAAAUUUUAUGUGCAAUUAAGAGUGGUUUCAUUUGAUAA